CGCGAUCAUGCGACCUUCAACUUGUCCUAGAGGUGCAAUCAUUCAAUGUCUAUGAUGGAUUCCCGCUACAAAGUAACGAUGGCUCAUGAGUCGACGGAGGACCCCCAGCAUUUUCUCAAUAUGCCCUGAGGAUCACAGCCAAGAUGACGCUAUGCGGUCUCUCCAUCCAACGGUGUCCUGGAUGCAUUGAUAUUACCGAGUCGUGAUAUCUGGUCUUUUGGUUCUUCGGAGCGAGGAACGACCCUUGGGAUGCCUCUCGUAUGAUAUGGUUGAACCACGAUAACGAUCCUGGUUGCACCUUCAUUUCGGGCAUGUUCUUCGGGCUUGGACUACCCCAGGCGGUCGAUCACAAUGCCUCGACGGCCUUACAACAAAUUCUCCUGGAACGAACAUACAAAUAUUACCCUCCUAAGGUCGCCGAUUGGCACUGGGUUCUCUUGUUCACAUGAUGAAUCUAAGAUGGACACGCUCGCGGACAUGGCGGCUGACGUCUAUGCGUUUCAUGCACUCUUCGUUACGCGAUUCUCGCAAUACGCAGCUGCGCGUUUCCAUCUAGCUGCUGAGAUGGGGUGGCCACUAUGGUCCACAUCUCGCUAGCCUCAUCCACAAAACGAACUUGGGUUCGCUUCAAAGCCCCCGACCUGGCGCUGUCGAUAAUCAACUUGAAGUCUUUGGUCCUCGCAAAACGGCUUGACAGACCUUCUUAUCCAAUUCGAGUCAAUGCAUGACGACAAUACGGCGGAGCUCCGUACCCAUCAUACGAUCCAAUGGACCAGAAGUCGAAGCAAUCGAGCGCGCCAUACUGUCUGCAGCUCGUUGG